AUUGCUUCAUCCAUUCAGUCAUGUUUUGGCACCCCUGGUGAAUUUGCGCCCAGUGCGGGGGCACAUGUCAAAGGCUGGUCCUGACUUUAGUGAUCAAACUAUUGAGUUACCAAUGCUUGGAUAGAGACAGAUGAGGCUUGGCAGAGCUGGACGUCAGCGAGGCCGCAGGAAGAGAGGACAAUCAACCGAUCAUAUGGAAAGACUACGAGUCUGGUUACGGGAACGAGGUUGGUCGGAAGACGUGCGAUUGAAAGCUGCCCGCUUCCCCACGACUGGAAGAGGCUUGCAAGCCAUCACAUCGAUCGAUGGUGGAAGUACGAUCGUAAGCAUCCCGGCCGAGUGCAUAAUCGUGCCUGGAACUGUCGAUCGAUCCCCCAUCGGUGGUAUGGUGAAGGAACUUCCUGCUGCGCUUAAACUUUGUGCUUUCCUCCUUUUCGAAAGGAUACAGGGUCAUUCAUCCAUCUGGGGUCCAUAUUUGGCAACCCUCCCCAAAUCCUACACGAAUCUCGCUUACAUGAACGAUGCAGUAGAUUCACUUCCGGCUGUGGUUCGCGACGCAUUCUUGCGCCAGAGGCAGGAGAUCGACAACUCUCUCGGUCUACUGAGAUCUGCAUUAGAUAUUUCGUUCGCCAGGUGGGAAUUCGAAUGGACGUGGUUCACAGUUAACACCAGGGUGGUCAGUCUCGACGACACCGUCGCCCUCGUCCCUUACCUGGAUCUUUUCAACCACAGCCCUUUUGUGCAGACUAGGGCCGGAUUCUCCUCGGAAAGGGGGUAUUUCUUGACGAUCGACCGUCCGUUUUCGUGCGGUCGGCAGGUCUUCAUCAACUACGGGCCGCACGAUAACAUGAAGCUCCUGUUGGAAUACGGUUUUGUGGUGGAAGGAAACCCUAACGAUGUGGUGCGGUUCACGCUCGACGACAUCAGAGAAGCAUGUGGAUCAUUCAGCGUGCAUUUUCGCAAAUUUGCGUUGUGGGACAUUGAGGAAGGCCUCGUCUGCGAUCGAUCCGGUCCAAGUUGGAUGUUGGAGCGUGUCGUACAAACUGCUUGUCUUGGACUCCCGCUCGAGCCCCAAGUCGUCUUUCGGUCCGAGUUGGAUGUCUCACUCGUACUUCGGUCCCAAGUUUGCCAAGUCUUACACCAACUCUUAUCCAUGAAGCUGGAGUAUUAUCUGGUGCAGACUCAUGAUUGUGCCAAUUCACGUCAGAAGACGAUCCUCCUUGCACUGUUACAUGAGCAUAUAAAGAUAUUGAAGAAAGGUUUAUUUGUGGUUGAGAAGAUGCAGACGCCUCAACCAUGAACAAUGUCUCCCUCGGCAGACUCCUCAGACUCCUCCUCCAUAAGAGUGCAUUUUUGAUGGUGUAUUGUCAGAAUUAUUCAACAAAUUAGGUAAGUUACCUGGUGUGCAGCAGAGAAUCCCGUGAUGCGGCCUUGAUUGACACCACCGCUAAUGGUGUACACCUAAUGGUCAGAAAGUAAAUAAGAGUGGAUUUUUGAACUGAGUACUAUCCGAUAAUGCUGUAUUAUUCC